AUGAAAAGUCUUCUUUUGACGCUUGUUGUGAUUGAGGUCUUCUGCAUUGUACACCUUGUUCAACCACAGAAUCAAGACGGAUUCAUCAGUUUGGAUUGUGGCCUAUCCGUUGAUGAAUCUCCUUAUAUUGAUCCUGAUAGUGGAUUAGUAUUCACAUCAGAUUCCACCCUCAUCCAGACGGGAAAGAGUGGCAGAGUCGAUAAAGCUUUCGACAAAGAACACAUAAAACCAUAUUUGGUUAUGAGAUACUUUCCAGAAGGAUUACGAAAUUGCUACACUCUGAAUGUCACGCGUGACACAACUUAUUUCAUUGGAGCCAUGUUCUUAUAUGGAAACUAUGAUGGUCUUAAUACUUACCCAAACUUCGAUCUCUAUCUUGGUCCUAAUAAGUGGGAGUCAAUAGAUUUGGAUAGGGAAACAAACGUUACAGGAGUUGAUAUGAUCCACACUCCACGAUCAAGUUCUUUAGAAAUCUGUCUUGUCAAGACAGGAGAAACAUUGCCAAUUAUAUCAUCCAUAGAAAUACGACCAUUUCGAAAUGAUGUGUAUGGUCCUGGUCCUGGUUUUGGUUCGCUGAGCAGCAAUUUCCGGAUGUUUUUUAACGAUUCAUAUCGCGAUAUAAGGUAUCCUCAUGAUAUACAUGAUCGUAUUUGGGCUCCAUACUUCCCAGAGUACGACUGGCGUAUCAUAAACACAAAUCUCAGUAUAAGUAAUACCGGAGUCUAUGACACCCCAAAACUUGCACUGGGAACAGCGGCAACCCCUUCGAACAAAAGUUUACCCCUAGAGAUCUCUUGGUACACGACACCCCCUACGGUUGCCGUUUACCUGUACCUUCACUUUGCCGAGAUACAAGCCUUACGAGCCAACGAAACCAGGGAAUUCGACAUUUUCUUCAACGGAUCCUCUAAUAUUUCAGCUUUUAGUCCUCCCAAGUUAGAGCAACAUACUCUAACGCUUCCACCGGUACUAUGCCCUGGAGGGAUCUGCACAUUGCGGCUAGUAAGAACUAAGAAAUCAACUCUUCCACCUCUGAUCAACGCCAUGGAGGGUUUCAACAUCAUUGAGUUUCCAUCUACGGAAACAAACCCAAGUGACGUUGCGGCAAUAAAAAAUAUCAAAGACACUUAUAGGCUGACUCAAAUCAGUUGGCAAGGCGAUCCGUGUAUUCCUCCAGACUAUACCUGGGAUCAUCUAGAAUGCGACUACAAAGAAAAGUCCAGUCCACCACGAGUAGUAAUCUUGGACUUAUCUAAUAACAACUUGACCGGAGAAGUGCCUAAGUAUCUUGCGAAGAUGAAAUCAUUGUUGGUCAUAAGGUUCACUUAUGCAGAGGUUACAUCAAUGACAAAUAACUUUCAAAGGGUUCUUGGAGAAGGAGGAUUUGGAGUCGUUUACCAUGGUCUUUUAAAUGGUACCGAAGAGGUAGCUAUUAAAUUGUUGUCUCAUUCAUCAGCUCAAGGCUACAAGCAAUUCAAGGCAGAGGUCGAACUUCUUCUACGAGUCCACCAUAUAAAUUUGGUGAACCUCGUUGGAUAUUGUGAUGAAGGAGACAACUUAGGCCUCCUCUACGAAUACAUGCCUAAUGGAGAUUUGAAACAGCAUCUGUCAGGGAAACGGGGUGGCUCUGUCAUGAGCUGGAAAACUAGACUAAUAAUAGCUGUUGAUUCAGCACAAGGACUAGAGUACCUACAUACAGGAUGCAAACCGGCUAUGGUUCACAGAGAUGUCAAAAGUUCAAACAUUUUACUGGACGAAAACUUUCAAGCUAAACUAGCUGAUUUUGGACUUUCAAGAUCUUUUCCCACCGCAAAUGAGACAUAUGUGUCUACAGUUGUUGCUGGCACUCCUGGAUAUCUUGAUCCUGAGUAUUAUCAAACAAAUUGGUUAACGGAGAAGAGUGAUGUCUACAGUUUUGGAAUUGUACUACUAGAGGUCAUAUCAAACCGUCCUAUAAUAGCGCAUGCCCGUGAAAAAACUCACAUAGUAGAGUGGAUUGGUUUUAUGCUUCAAAAGGGAGAUGUUAGAAAUAUAAUAGAUCCAAACCUCGGACAAGAUUAUGACAGCGGCUCGGUCUGGAAAGCUCUUGAAUUAGCAAUGUCUUGUGUUAAUCCUUCUUCUGCAAGAAGACCAAACAUGUCUCGAGUGGUGAAUGACCUGAAAGAUUGUCUUACAUAUGAGAAUUCAAGGAAAGGAGGGAGUGUGGACUUGGAUUCAAAGGGUUCUAUUGAAGUGAGCAUGAACUUUGGGACUGAGGUGAUCCCCAAGGCACGCUAG